AUGAGGACCAUUUUCCUGCUUCUCUUGGUUGCAGCCGCUGCAGAAUCUCAUCGAGGCAGCCAGAACAGGCGUGGCAAGCGGGAGCUGUUGGUGCGCUCCAAGCGAAGAUGGGUUUUGUCUACGAUUGAAGUAACAGAAGAGGAACCAGGGAAAUACCCCAGACAGAUUUCACAGAUGUUUAAUGACAGGACAGAUCAGGAGAGGAACCACCAUAGGUUUCAUAUAAGUGGAAUGGGUGUGGAUAGGCCGCCACUGGGAGUGUUCUCCAUCCAUAAAGAAGAGGGGUAUGUCUAUGUCCAUCAACCCAUCGACAGAGAGAAAUACAGCCUCUUCCAUAUCAAGUUUGAUAUCUACGACAAAAUCACCCAUGAAAAAAUAGACAGGGAACUUGCUUUUGACGUAGAAAUAAAGGACAUCAAUGACAACGCUCCUAUGUUUUUCGAAGAUAAAAUCGUAGCAUCUGUGAAGGAAAAUUCGCCAGAGGGGUACUUGCCAGUACAGCUGCAGGUGACGGACAUAGAUGAGCAAAACACAACAAACUCUCAAAUCACAGUCAGUGUGUUAUCACAGACACCAGAAGAGCCCAAAAUUGCGGUGGAACGGAUCGAUGGCAGACUGGCACAACUUAAAUUUACAGGAUGUUUUGACUAUGAUAAAGCAAAGAAGUAUGAAAUGAUUAUUCAAGCAAAGGAUCAUGGAAUACCGUCCCUUUCCUCCACUGCUGUUGUUACUCUCGAUAUUCUUGACGCCAACAGUCAUCCACCAACGUUCAAGGCCAAGGAGUACCACGGUGAGGUAAAAGAGAUGGUCCUCAGCGAUGAGGUUUUGAGAGUUGCAGUAGAGGACAAGGACACUCCUAACACCCCUGGGUGGCGUGCCAAAUACUUUUUCAUUAAAGGGAAUGAGGAUGGAAACUACGCCAUUAAAACUGACCCUGAAACUAAUGAGGGCAUUCUGAGUGUGAUCAAGGGGAAGGAUUUUGAGCGCACAACCUUAACAACCCUACAGCUCGGAGUAGAGAAUGAGGAACCCUUAUUUGUUUGUAAAGGCAAAACACCUGGUGGCAAAGGAACACCCCCACCUCCAAAUUCAGUCAACAUCACAAUGAAAGUGAUUGAUGUCAAUGACCCACCUGAGUUUGACAAAACAACAGAAGAUGUGUAUCAGAGGGAAGAGAAGGAACCAGGACAGGUCCUGUUCACUCCAACGGUUAAGGACGUUGAUUCUGACGUAGACAACAUAAGGUAUGUGCUAUUAGAAGAUGCAGCUGACUGGAUGACCAUUGAUGAAAAAACAGGAGAAAUCAAAGCGUCUAAGAAGAUGGACAGAGAGUCACCCUUUGUUGACAAGGAUAGCAAUUACAGAGUUAUCAUCGGUGCCAUAGAUGAUGGUGAGCCUCCAGCCACAGGUACAUGUACUGUCUUGGUUCACCUGGGAGAUAUCAAUGACAACAUUCCUAAGCUGAUCAACAAUGGGGUCAUUUUGUGUGGAAACAAGGCUGACAAGGUCACAGUGACUGCACAGGACUCAGAUGCCCCUCCUUUUAGCGGGCCCUUUGCCUUCUCCCUGAAUGAUGAAAAUGAUGCAACUCUAAAGAAGCAAUGGAAACUAGAACCUGCCUUUGGUAUGGAAGCAGGGAUUAUUAGCCUGAAGACACUUGCUUAUGGAAACUACUCGGUGCCCGUAGUGAUAGAGGAUCAGCAGGGUGUGAUUGGACAGGAUACUGUGGAAGUGAUGGUGUGUGACUGUGGAGAAGGACCUGUAUGCCUUGCCAAAGAGUCUGCUUCAUCUAGUCUUGGGCCUGCUGGCAUUGGACUGCUCAUUUUAGGAUUUCUCUUAUUUUUAUUACUGCUGCUCCUCUUUAUGUGUGAGUGUGGAGGAAAGGACUUCAAGCACAUCCCCAUGAAUCAGGACGAAGGCAACCAGACACUCAUCAAGUACAACCAAGAGGGAGGGGGCUCUGAAUAUAAGGCUGAGCCCACUCUGAUACGGACACCUACACAACAUAUAACUGCAACCGAUGGCCUAAAAAAAGCCAGCAUGCCGAUGUCUCAGAUGUCUCAGAUGCCUGCAGUAAUGGCCCAGGAUAUGAAUGGCUUCAGCAGUGCAGGGUUAAACCUGCCUGACUCUAACAUGGCAUCACUGGGCAGGCAGCAAAGCGAAAGAGGCAUUGGAGGGCAGACCAUGGGAAACUCAUACCAACGCUCUUUCAGCUUGCGAUCAAAUCAACACAUUGCAGAUCACAUCGACAGGAGACUGUACGUGAUUGAUGGAGACCAUGUAGACCACCCUGCGUACCAACCCUAUGAAUAUGCCUAUGAGGGAGAGGGCAGCAAGUGCCAAUCACUGGAUGAGCUGUCACUCAGCAACUUAGGAGAGGAUGGUCAGUUUCUGGAUAAUUUGGGGCCAAAGUUCAAGACCUUGGGAGGCAUCUGUUAUCAGACAAUUCAAGAAAAAAACAUACAACUUUAA